CGGGCGGCGCGGGCCGCCAUGGAGGCAGGGCCGUGGGGCGUGUGCGAGGAGAUGGCCAUCCUGCACGGCGGGUUCCUGCUGGCCGCCAAGCUCUUCCAGCCGCGGGCGCUGCGGGAGCUGCGCAAGGCCGACUGGCCGCUCGUGGGGCCGCCCAUCGCCGACGCCCUCCGCGAGAUCGCCGCCCGCCGCCCCGCGCCGCCGCGCCCCGGCCUCUGGAAGAAGCAGGCCGUCGCCAUCGUCUGGGCCAAGGUGCUGCUCCCCGGGCCCCCGCCCGCCUCGCUGGACCGGGGCUGGCGGGAGGACGCCUUCUUCUCCGUCGGCCGGAUGAUCCCCGACGUUAACCACACCGUCCUCUUCGAGCUGGCCAAGGCCCUCAACGUGCCCCGGCUCUUCGUGCAGCUGCUGCUGGCGCUGCCGCGGGAGCUGCGUCGCGCCGAGCUGCAGCGCUUGGUGGAGUACGUCGCCAGCGAGACCUCCCCGGCGGACGUCAGCUUCUUCUUGGACGUGUGGUGGGAGGUGAUGAAGCACAAGGAGGAGCAGGAGGAUGGGACGGCCUCAACGUUCAGCGCUCUCAUCCGUCAGCACGGGUCUGAGCCCUCCCCAGACGACGGGCUCCAGCCCCCCAAGAGGUUCAAGAGUGACCCUGUCUCUGUGACUAGCCCACCUGCUGCCACCAGCCUGCUCAUGGUCCUGAUAGAGGGGCUGAAGCAGACCUACAGGAGCAUCACCCUGCCCCGCAUGAAGUGCUACGCCUUGGCCAACCUGGCAGAGCUGCUGUCUGUGUUCGCUGAGCUGGAGCCAGAGGGCAGCUCCCUCCCCGUUGCCGAGUACCUGGACAAGGUCUGCUCGGUGGUCAGCCUCUGGAACAGCGAUGCUGAAAGCCGGUACCACCAGCGAGGGCUGGACGAGAAGGUGAGGGAAGCUGAGAGAAGCAUGAGCCUCUUGUCCGUGGUCAAGCUCUCUGAUGAGGAGCUCUUUGCUGGCUUGUACUUGCUCCGCAACUUGCUUCAUGCCUGGGGAGAGGAGUUGCAGGGCACCCUGAACAACUCCGAGGAGCUCUGCUAUGAGAGCUACCGGCUCCUUGAUACUCUUACCACCUUCAAGAAGAACCUGGUUUGCUUCUCGGAGACUAGAGACCUGAGUGAGGACGAGAAGCUCAUAGUGUUAGAGCUGACACAGAUCAUUGAGCACUUUCUCGAGAAGAUCAGCACCAGUCUGAAGAGCAAGAAUUCGGACACCAGCCUUAUCUCUUCAGUUGCCAUGACAAUCAUUGAACGGAAGCUGGACCGGCACAUGGAGAUGUGCUCCAUUUUUGCUUCUGAGCAGACCUGGGCCUUUUCAAAGGACUGGGUUGACUGUCUUGUGAGAAACAAAACUCUCUUCCAGAAACCAGAGCUAGUUUUGAAGUUACUGGAGACUGUGGUGAACUUUACUGCAUCCUCCCAAGACAGGGAGGCCCGGGAGUUACAGAUGCAAGUGACCAGGGCCAUCCUGGAGUGUUACACUGAGCUUUCAUUAACUGACAAGAACAAAGUACUCUCAGGUGUCCUGGCGUCCUGGGGCAGUCCAGGUCUGUCCGUGAACUUGCAGGUUGUCAUGGAGGGGUUCCAGGAGGAUCUGAAUGUGGCUUUCAACCAGAUCACACAGAGCGUUUCCGAUCAAGGCCUGUCCAGGGCUGUGGCUUCCGUGGCCAGGCUUACUCUGCUGUACCCUGAAGCCACUGUGAAGAAGGUUUGUAAUCUUGCUGUUGUCAAUCUAGGAACACACCAGUUCCUUGCCCAAAUCCUCUGCUCCUUCCCAGCACUGAGCUUCCUGGAGACACAUGAUGAUCCAGGUAGGCCACGCAACCUGGUAGUGAGGUGUUUGAAGGAGGCUGUAUGGGGUAAGCUUUCUACUGUGAGGGAAGAGGAGCAGUUUCUUGAGUUCUUGGCCUUUCUCAUGCAGCCAAGCUCAGGGGCUUCACUUGUGUCACCUGCAGAGGUGACUAAAGCCUUUGUCCUUCCCUGUUUGAAAUCAGACUGUGCUCAAAUUGAGCUGAGCCUUCAGAUCCUUAGUAAAGUUUUGGGAAUGCAGUCCUAUCCAGAAGAGCACUGGAUCAAGUCCUGCCACCCAUUCCCGCUCCUCCUCAGCCUCUGCAAGCUUUUGGAUGGUUACACAAGGUAUUGGCAUCAGCCAAGGGACCAGUGCUUCCCUUCACUGGAGACCAAAGACCUGCUGGUGAACACUCUCUCCCAACUCUGUGAGGUGGUAAGACCAGAAGCUGCCCCAUCCCCUGAUGUAUGGGUCCAGUCGCUGGCUUGGCUUCAUAGGAAGGUGGCAUCACUGGACUGGACUGUUGGUCUCCGACUGAAGAAGUUAUAUGGAGACCACUUCAAGAACGAGGUCCCAGAGACGCUGUUUGAGAUCUGCAAGCUCCCAGAGGACGAGUGGACUUCCCGGGCUUUGCCAGCCUACGGGCCGGGCAGUGGGCUCCUGGCGUGGAUGGAGUGCUGCUGCGUGUCCACAGCGCUCAAGGAGACAAUGCUGACACUCCUCACGGUCAAUGUGGACAACCCUGAAGAAGUGAAUCUCUUCAGCAAAGGGUUCCUGGUGGCCCUCGUACAGGUCCUCCCUUGGUGCAGCCACAGUGAAUGGAAGAGGCUCGCCCAUGUGGUCCAAAGCUUGCUGCAGAGGCAAGUCUUACAUGUGCCAUACACGCUGGAGUAUGUCCAGUACCUGCCCUUGCUCAACCUCCGGCCUUUUGCCCACUACCUCCAGUUCUCCGUACUCUUCCUACGAGGCUUCCAGCUCCUUUGCAGCUCCAGCUGCUCCACGUGGCUGCCAGCAGAGGCCUGGCUCCAUGUGGUCCAGCUGUACUGCAGUAGCCUCACAGACCUGCUGGGCUCUGUCAAGAGCACCACAGUGCCCCCCAUGCACUCCACCGAGGACAUGAACCCUGCGCAGGAGAUGUCCUUCAUCUGCAUCCAGAUGUUUUGCCAUGUGCUGCACGUCGCCGCCAUGCUGCCGGACAAUGGGUGCAGCGAGCCGCUGGUGGUGGUGGCCCUGGAGGUCCUCUCGCAGUAUGAGGCCUUCAGUGCUGCCGAUAGGUCCCCCAGCAACACGCUGCGGAGAGCCAACGAGAGACAUUUCCUGGAGUGCAUCACGGACAACGUUGCCGACAAGGCGCUGCGGAGCACCCUCCUGCAGAAGCUGAGCAAGCUGGGAGCUUAGGCAGCGCGCCCAGCCAGGGGCCAGCUCGGGAAGCUGAGCAGGGCAAAGGAGGCGAGCACAGACCCUGCAGCAGGGGACCUGACGUGUGGAGAGUUGUAAGAUCGAUAAUAAACCUUAUCUUUUUUUCUCUUUUGAACAUUU